GAUGGAAUGACAUAAUGUGGAGUUGACGGUAAACACUGAGCAGACAGACCGGGCUGCUGUGAGCAAGAUUCUUAUUAUUUUCAUCUGACAAGAUAUCGAGAGAUCUGACUGAAAAACACGAUGUUGGGAAACAGCAGACAGGAUCAAAAGAUUAGGUGUGUGAGGCCAUUUGGAGAUGAUGCAACUUAAUGGAGGCACACGAGGCCCUUGGGGCAAAAACUGCAACAUGUGUUUGGGCAGGUAAGUGCUGCAAUUUCAUGACACAUUGGAACAAGCAGAUUGGGUGUUCUUCCCUGUGACACUCAGCAACAACAAAACCCUUUGACCUACACCUGGAAAGUCAACCAAAUCCCUCAAACCCUCCCUGCUGCUUGUUUGGAAAGGCAGAAGGAGCGUGUUCACUCCAAAGUGACACAUCUGUACAGCGUUUUGUCGUGUGAGGCCAGGACACGCGUGGCUCUGACCUCUACGUCUGACUCAUAAUUAAACGGAGAGGUGAAGGAAGAUCCGCCCCGCCGGCCGCCGGCUGGGAGGGUGAGAGCGGGACAGCCAGAGCUGGAGAGUCACAGUGCGCAGAGGACGCCCAGAAGUUCAGGACAAAGUUUUCUGUGGAUACUUGGAGGAUAACACUUCAUAAACGAUACGAUACCUACGUCUGACUUGUACAUCGCAGAGACUCCGUUUUGUUUGGCACCAGUGCGUCUUUACGCAGGAGAGAAAACCAUCGUCCAGAUACUGCAGGUCUCUCCACAUCGUCGGGAUGUUCAGAUGAGUCCAAACGCUCCAAAAGGCUGAGAUGCCAGCCGUGUUCCUGCCAGGUUGAGCAGCUCUGCCUCCCCCUGCUGUGUCCAGUGCUGUGGCGCCCUCUGCUGUGUGACCGACGAAGGUCAGUGAGGCGCAGGCACCAUGGGGAACAUGAUCGAGGAGGGGAUGAACACCGUCAUCGUCAGCCACUACAACCACUCGGGCAAGUGGGACCGGCCUCGCACCGGCGGGGCCUGCAAGAUGGUGGUGCUGCUCCUCAUCUGCGUCCUGAUCGUCCUGGAGAACGUCACGGUUCUGCUCGCUCUCUGGAGGAACAAGCGCUUCCACAGUCGCAUGUACUUCCUCAUUGGAAACCUGGCCCUGUCAGACCUGCUGGCCGGCGUGGCCUACGUGGUGAACAUCUUCACCUCGGGACGGAACACCUUCUUCCUGACACCGGUGCAGUGGCUGGCCAGGGAGGGAAGCAUGUUCGUGGCCCUCAGCGCCUCCACCUUCAGCCUCCUGGCCAUCGGGAUCGAGAGGCACAUGACGAUGGUGCGUCUGCGGCCCUGUGAGACAGCAGGCAGAGGCAGACUGCUGGCGCUGCUGGCGGCCUGCUGGCUGGUGUCAGUGCUGCUCAGCGCCCUGCCGAGCCUCGGCUGGAACUGCCUGAACAAUCUGGCCUCCUGCUCCACGGUGCUGCCGCUCUACGCUAAGAGUUACGUUGCCUUCUGCAUCAGCGUGUUCAGCGCCCUGCUGGUGGCCAUCAUCAUCCUCUACAUCAGGAUCUACCGCCUGGUGACCUCCAGCGGCCGCCGGGUGAGCAGCCGGCCUUCGGAGCGCUCGCUGGCCCUGCUGCGGACUGUGGUUAUUGUUCUUGGAUUGUUUGUCAUGUGCUGGGCCCCGCUGUUCCUCCUGCUCCUGCUGGAUGUCGGCUGCAGCCCGGAUAAGUGCCCUGUGCUCUACCAGGUGGACUGGUUCAUCGCCCUGGCCGUGCUCAACUCUGCCCUCAACCCUCUGAUCUACACUCUGUCCAGCAGGGAGAUGCGAGCCGCCUUCUUCCGGCUGCUGUGCUGCUGUCAGACCAGCAUGGAGCCCACUGGGACCCCCGUGGUCGGAAACCCUCACCUCGGCACCAUCAUCCCCACAGCGGAAAACAGCAAGACCAGCCUGGGCGGAGGGGGAGGCAGCGGGGCGGGCAAGUCCACGCUGAGCAGAGGGAAAGUUCCCACACCUGUGAACCCUGACAGCAAGCAUGGAGACCCGUCUGCCACCGCUGUGACCCACCCCUCUGGGCCUGCAGACCUGCUCUCGGCUGUGCUCGUGAAGGCAGGAGCUCUGCAGCCCCUCAGCAAGUUCUGAGUGGAAGCACCUGAACGUGGCCUUAGAGUCACACGGAUCAGUCCGACUAUCAGCCACUCUGUGCCCUACAGCUCGUGGAGCUGGAUCAGUGACACGUUGAUAAAAUUACUCAGAAGUUCAGAUGGAAGCAAAUGAAUCCAGACUGAAGAUGAAUGCAGAUCAUUUAAAGCCACUAUUUACAGCAAUAACUUUAUUUCCAACACGAGAGAGAGACUGAAUGUGUUUGUGUCCCACCAGGAUAGACGUCAGCAUUUAAAACUAUGAAAUACGACAGGACGAGUUCAUGGAUGGGUUCAGUCAACGUCUGAGAAACUACACUGUAAAAAAUAAUGUUUGGGAGCAAAACAAAUAGUUUGCAUCAAUCAAACAACUUCUAAUGAAACUAAGUUGAACCACGAGAUCACAGUGAGUUGGGAAACGAGCCUUUUCUCUACACUCAGAGGUAUUUCUAAUUAGCAGACUCAACUGUCUGAAAUGAUCCCGACAGAAAAAUUAAGUUUCAUUAAGUUACCUCAACCUGAAUUUAGUUGUAAAUCAACUGAAUCUGAGUUUAAAUGACGCACAACAUGAUCCCAUCAAAACAGUGUUUUAACUUCAAAGGUUUGUCUAAAUCAAUAAAUUGGAUUUUUAUCUUUAAUCCUGUAGAACGCUGUGGGGGUGAAGGUGUAGUCAGACGACGUGACGUUAUCAGUGUUGUGUCUGUAAAUACGUUCAUUUCUUUAUUUUGUCAUUUUAGGCAGAAACGAUCAAAUUGUGGCACUUUUUCUUUUGCAUGUGCGAUACGCAGGACUUUGUUUUAAACGCCUGCAUUUUCCACCACGACCUGAUCUGGUAGACGAUUUAUUUUCUGUGAAAACAUUUGCCACCUUAUGACUGUAAACUGGUAUAUUUUUUUGCUUUGUGUGCAUAAAAACCAUCACGGUACUAGGACCUUUAUUAGUGACUGUAUUACUGAUUAUUUGGAUUGCACUGUGAGAGAAAAAACAAGACUGAAAGUUUAUUGUAAGACUAGCGGCCUCCAGAGGCUGUGAUGCUCAUGACACACCAGAGGACGGCGGUUAGAUCAAAGCUACACUGCAUCAGUAGAUUCUUACCACUAGCGGGCAAGAAUGUAAAGUUUGUCCUGCUGGUGGAGCUGCAGAUAGAACUGAUUGGCCUUCGGGUCCUUUCUUUUGGACUCUGGGCUCUUCGUUACCACUCCUGGUUCAUGUUUCAUCAGUCUGAGCUCUACCUUGUCAGCUGCACUGUGAGCUGAACCUGCAUGGCUAAUAACUCCACUCAUGAAGAUAUUUGCUUCUCAUCAGCACAUCUAGAAACCACUCACACGUCAGCUAACCACUAGUGAAUACGAGUGUUGGAUGUGAAUUAUUUAAUGGCGGUAGACUGUAAUUGACGUUUCUGCCGGGGGUGAUGUAGGACCUGAUACCAUUAUAUCGCUAAUAAAACUCUAUUCCCGUUCA